CAGAAACAAGCUAUGAACACUCCUCAAGUUAAUAUGCUGAACUGAGUCCAAUAUUAUCUCAGUUUUAGCUCUGAGAGGGACAGAGCUGGAAGGUGUCAGGAGUCAGAAAAAUUAUUUCACAAAAAACAAGCCAAUAAAAUGAACACAACACAUCCGAAGAGAGAAACUGAAAGUGCUGAGGUCUGAAGGACAAACAAAUGUGUAACUGUGACUGUGCGGACUGGAAAUAAAUGUCUCACGUUUUAAAACUAAAAUGCACACAACAUGUUAUACCACUUCUGCAGCUGUGAAACCAAAGCACCAUGAAGUAUAAUUCACACCUCAUUGCUUCCUGGGCGACUUGUGGCACCAGACAAACACUGCAGCAAAAAAUGUUUGCUUUUUAUUGUUUUAAUCCUGCGGUAAUUGAAUAUUUGUCCACCUGGGGCCAGCAGAAACAAGCUGUCAACACCUUUUUGGUUUAUAUGGUGGAACUUCUUAGCUUCUUAGCAAACAGUUGCUAAGUAAAUUUGGAGCUGUGUUUGUGUCGCCCUGGUGAAUAUAAGAUUUUGCUUUAUUUAGCCCAUUAAUGGUAAAAAUCUAUUUAGUCCCAGACCAGCUGGAGAACCACCAGCUGCUGAAGAUUUUAAUGUGACAAUACACCUGUCUUUUCUCUAUGAGCCAAAAAAUAGACCCACUAAUUUCCCAACAUUUGACCUGAUUUUCCUGCACCAGACCUACUUCUGUCUAAGUUCCUAUGUUGCUCUCCGGAGCGUCAGUAGGAAACCUUCAGUUCGCCACAGGAGCGAUGGUGAGGUCAGCCAUAGAUGUCAGGUGAUGGAGGCCUGGCCCUCAGUCUGGGCUGCAGUCAAUCCUCAGGGUGUUGGAUUAGGUUGAGGUCAGGACUCACCCAAACUGUCAUUUUGAAAUGGGAAAAGUCCAAAGAGAAACUGUUGAUCCAAGGUUGAAGGAACUAGAAUAUCCUUAUGUGUUGUGGUGUUGGGAAUUACUGGACUGUAGGAAAGUAUAGACUGUAAAUGCUCUCUAAUUUUUGUCCAUAAAGUGUUUGUCACAUUGAAUGUGUCUUCAAUGAAGCAGGAAACACCCAUUUUUUUGGUGCUGCUCUAAAACCAUCUUUGAUUUGAUUUCUAAGCGUUAAGGUUAGGGUUAUACAAAGGCAACAGGAACUUGGUUGAAGUUCCUGAAGAAGUGUCUUUAGUUCUAAUUGAUUAGAGUUCAGGCAUUUAAUCUCCUUGUUUCCCCAGUGUUCAGGUACUUGCUGCACUGUAGUGCAUACAGUACACUGCAGUUUUUCAGAUACAGCUGAAACACAAGGAAUAACAAUUAAAAACCACGAUGUUGUUCAGUUUAUUGUUGCUGUUUCCUGUCUGCUCUGUGUUUCGAUGAAACCACAAGAGCAUAGUGGUUUGCUGCCAUGUUGUGUCUUCAGAAAACUCAUGCAAGAUCAGUCACCUUUGCAUGGCACUUAGAAACACCAUGACCUGGAUGACUGAAUCUUCACAGACAUCAUGGAUGUGAAUGAGGAAUAUGUGGUGUAAUACUGUCAGGCAGGGCGGAGAAAAGCAUUUUAAAACUAUUUAAACUUUAAAUUUAAGGCAAAUAUUUGGGGAAUAAAGGACAUUCUCCAGAUAUGUGUGUGUUGCAUUUGAUAAAUAUGUUUUAUAGAAUAAAGGUUAUUAAACUACUUUAAUAACCUUUAUUCUGUCACAAACUGCAUUAUUUUGUCCACAAUUGCAAUUUGCUUAAGGUCAAGUUUUACUUAUAUGGCACAUUUAAAGACAAUAAGAGUUGCCCUAAAGUGCUUUCCAAUUGUAAGCGAUGGAUUAGCAAUACAAGUACACAUACAGCACAUAAAGAAAUAAUUAGUGUGUGAAGAUAAAGUCAUAAUCAGCAACAUAAAAAGCCUGAUCACCUUUGGUUUUCAGGUGACAGGUUUCAGUGCUGCUUCAGUCACAGAUGUCUGUGAGUGGAAUAAUGUUGUGAUCAGUCUGAGAUCAGCUGUGCAGUUUCUGCACCUUCAUUGCAACAUGGUGAAAAACAUGGCGUGAGAACACCAGCUAAGCAGGUCAUGUUAAAACCACACCAGUGGUGGCAGAUUUUCACAGCAUCACUAAAUUAUCACUCUCAGACAACAUGCAUGGCACUGAGGAAGUGGGUCAGUCUUGCCUGUGGUUUAUUGUCUCUCACUCUGUCUGGCUGAAGCUGUAUUCAUAUUGUUGCUUUAAACUGAUAAAAAAAUAUAUAUAAAAUAUAUAAUAUAUUAAAAUGUGCUGCAUUGAGGAAAAACAUCUAAAGUAAAAAUCACUUUAUUAUACUUUAUUAUUACUUUUAUUAUUCUUCAAAACAUUUAUAGUCGUGUGAAAAAGAAAGUACGGUGUGUGAAUGUGCAGCGUCCUGGCAGUGAAACAAUGGAAAGGGUUCACAUGCUAGACCUGACGUUCACAAAGAUCUAAUAAUCUCAAAGCGACUCACUGAUACAGUAGUACUGAUACAGUAGUACUGAUACAGUAGUACAAUACACAACAGUCACGUGAUGGACCACUUACUGAUGGAGUCAAAAGAAAGAUGAUGGGUACAGUGUCAGAGACAGACAGGAGGAAGUGGCAAUGGAUAAAUGUGAAACAGUAUGAUCCACCACAGACUCUCAUAUCUGUCUGAUCACACACUGAAGACUCACAGGAUGAACUUCAGAGGAUUGUUUGAACUUUUCUUGUUCAUCAGUUUGAUUUCUGCUACUAAAGGUGGAGCCAAGUUAAUUGGUCCGUCAAAGCCAGUGCUGGGAUUAGUUGGGGACGAUGUGAUCCUGCCAUGUAGCCUGCAACCUGCAGAGAGUGUUGCUGAGGCCACAGUGGAGUGGUUGAGGCCUGACCUGAGUAACAGUAACGUCUUCAUUUUCCGUGAUGGGCGGGAGUCAUACCAAGACCAAAACCCAUCCUUCCAACAAAGGGCAACUUUGUUCCUACAGCAACUUAAGAACGGCAACAUGUCGUUAAAACUGAGUCGUCUUCAACUCUCCGAUGCUGGGGACUACACAUGCAAAUGGAUCAAAUCAGGGUCGCAAACCUCCAUCCAAGUCCGUCUUGCCAUAGGUGCUGUUUCUGAGCCUAAAAUCUACGCUAAGAGAGAAGGCACAAAGGUAGCUCUGCAGUGUGAAGCUAAGAACUGGUACCCACAGCCUGAGAUGGAGUGGACGGACGGGAAGGGAAACAUCAUCUCUCAUGACUCCAACAUUACAAAGAAUGGUCAAUACUACUCUGUCCAUGGAACAAUCAAAGUGGAGAUGACAGAGAAUGUUUACACCUGUACGGUUCGACAACAGAACAUCAACCAGUCCAGGGAAACAAAUUAUACAGUUGUCUGCCAGGAAGCAUCCUCACAGCCAAUCAUAUGGGCUAUAGUUUUUGGACUUUUAUUAAUGAUUGUUAUUUCUGUGUUUGUGGCAUACAAAGCCUUUAAAACAUGAAGUAGUAGGAACCAGGAAGGAGACUCAAACAACAGGGACAACAGAUAGAGUUGAUGGGCAAGACAGCCGCAGCAGAUGAGGAGCCAAGAGACGAACUUAGAUCACUGAUGUUGGAUUUAGUGUAGAAACAAUCCCAGGAGUUCAUCUGAAUUCAUGGAGACAACAACUUUAGUUGUUUACAGAUCCAGUACCUCAUCUGUCAAUGCAGCUUUCACUGCAGCUUUAUGAUUUUAAGUUUUAAUUGAAUCAAAAACCUCAUCUUAUCACAUCUUAUCUGGUAGUUCUUUAUUAUUGAGUCGUUUUUUAGCUUGUGUGAUGGUGAUGUCUGACUGAAAUAUCUCAACAACUAUUGAACAGUUUACCAUUAAAUUUCAUACAGAUGUUCAUGGUUCCAAGAGGAUAAAUUAUACUGGCUUCAGUGAUCCUCUGUCUUACUGUGUAGCACCACCAUGAAGUUAACAUUUGUACUUUUGACUAAAAAGUCUUGGCAGCUUUUAGAUGGAUUGAUACUUAGUUUAGUAUUUGAUGACUUGAUGAAUCUGAUAAAAUAAUGUAUAAAAUAAAUGUAACUGCCCCAAAGCAACUGUAUUACCUGCAUAUGUGUCAAUAAAGUCCUGAAUCUUGAA